AUGUUGACAUUGCAACUUCUUCUUAUCCGACCUCGCUCUCGCGACCACCCUACGACAAUGUCGAACGAGCUCGACGCUGUCGUCAAGAACGGAACAGACGGACCGAAACGCACGGAAAAGACAUACCCGCAAGAAAUGCACCCCCGACUCCGAUACCUCCAGCCGUACUGGUGGCCGUACCGCACCUUCUGCAAGCAACGAUGGAUCGGUCGCCAGCUUCUCGAGGUUAUCAGCACAGAGUUCCGUGACAGGAGUGUCGACUAUUACCUUCGGCUCGGAUGUUUAGCUGACAUCAGCAACACUGUCCACCGUCAUGAGCCCCCCAUCACCAACGACCCCGUGCUCGUGCUGCACAUCGACAAGGAGAAGGACUUCGUCGUGGUCAGCAAGCCCGGAAGUAUGCCCGUUCACGCCGCCGGUCGCUACUUCAAGCACACGCUGCUAGAGCUCCUGAAGACCGACUACGGAAUCAACGCGUUCGCCGUGAACCGCCUCGACCGCUUGACCUCUGGUCUCAUGAUUCUGGCGCUCUCGGGUAAGACGUCGAGCCGCCUCGCAAAUGAGUUCAAGGAGGGAACGGUCAAGAAGGAGUACAUUGCGCGUGUCCGCGGAAAGUUCCCCGAGGGCGACAUUGUUGUCGACCAGCCGCUGUUGUCGGUCGACAGGCAAAUGGGUCUUGUUAUUGUCGCGCCGCAGGGCAAGGAGUCGAAGACCAUCUUCACGCGCAUGAGCUACGACGAGAAGCGCGACCAAUCGGUGGUGCACUGCAAGCCGCAGACGGGCCGCACGCACCAACUGCGUGUGCACCUCCAGUGGCUCGGAUACCCGAUCGCCAAUGACCCGCUGUACUCGCAGGAGGAGAUCUGGGGCCCAGGAUGCGGCAAGGGCGGUGUCGACCUUGUGGACCAGGUCGAGGGCGAGUCAUCGCAGAUGACCGCGAUCCGCGAGCGCGUCGUGAACAUGGACCAGCGUCGGCGCACCGGAACCACUCCCCCUCCGAUUCCCGACGACUCGGCACGUCUGGCCGGCAACGAGACCGCGCCCGAGCACGGCGCGACGGUGCCGAUGCGCGACGAGGGCGUGUACGCCAACAUUGACAUCCGCUCUCCGAUCCGCCUCAGCGAGCAGGCUCGUAACGUGAUCGCGGGACUGAGGCGGCAACGCGACGAGGCCGACGACUGGGGCAAGUGGAAGGAGGUCAUCUGGGCGACGAAGAAGGCGCAGGACGAGCUUGAGGCCGCCGCGGGCGAGGAAUCCGAGAAGGACAAGCGGAAGCGGGCCAAGAUUCCGCACCCCAGCGUGAACAACAACCUGAAGCGGUCCAAGGCCGUCGAGCGCCCCAUCCUCGACGACACGCCGAGCCCCAUGACGCCGCCCAUCGAGAUCCCCGACGGAUUCUGCACGCAGUGCUACACGCCCCUGGCGCCGGAUCCGGACCCGGAGACGCUGUUCAUCUACCUCCAUGCGCUGCGGUAUGAGACCGAGGGCCUGGGAACGUGGGAGACGCCGUUACCCAAGUGGGCGUCGGCGGACUGGGAUGGGGACUGGCGCGGCUGGGUCGGGGGCACGCCUGCGAAUGCCAUUCCCAUGCUGCCCGAGGCGAAGGCGCGGCUCGAUGCGCAGAUCGCCCAGAUCGAGGCUGAGAACGCGGAGGAGUGUCUGGCUGCUGAGGCUGAGGCUGCCGAGGCCGCCGGGGGGGAGAAGAUGAGCGUCGACACGCCGCAGGAGAACGGACAGGCCGUCGAGGAGGACGUCGAGAUGGGCGAGCGUAUCGCCCAGCCCGCCUAG